AUGGAAAUAAUUCACAUUUUCCCUUUUCACACAGAUGAAGAAGAAGAAAUUGAGCAAACUGGCUACUGGACAUCUGAUUGCACCAUCUUGAGAGGCAUUGUCUGUGAAAAAAGAUCUUUUGAUGGCUCUGUCAAAAUUUACGAGGAUGAAUCGAUCGUCGAGGCCGAGACUUUUUACUGGCAUCCACUGGCUCAAGAUACAGACAUAAUUCAGAAGGGCUUGGGAUUUGUAAGAAAUGGUCUGGGAUUUGGUAAAAACACCGAGAAAAUUACCAAAUACUUAGCCAACAACACUGUUGAUACUGAAUUGCCAACAAAAAAGAAAAAAUAA